GUUGUGAGCAGGUGAAAAUGGCGGAGGCAGGAACUUCUAAUAUGAGACCAGUUACAAAAGAAGAAAUGAGUUUAAGAACAACUUACGAAAAGAGGAUUAAGCGGCCUUUAUUUCUUUUAGAUGGCAUUGGAAAGGAUUUGUUGGUAUCAGCGGACGAGAAACAUAUGGGAAAUGAGUGCUUUAAGAAAAAGGAAUACAGAAGAGCUCUCGAGCACUACAACAGAGGAAUGCGAUUCUGUCCUCAAAAUACUGACGGAGCCUUACAAGUUCUCUGCAUACUUUUAGGCAACAGAACAACAGUCAACAUGGAGCUUAAACGUUAUGACGAAGUUUUCAAGGAUAUAAUUUAUCUUGAGGAAAUUGGAAAAUAUCCAAGUUUAUUGACAUAUAGAAUAUUAUGGAGAAAAGCAAAGUGCUUUGAAGCUCAUGGCGACUUUGUAACGGCCGAUAUAUAUUACGAAGAAUCACUCAAAUUAUUAAUGGAGAAUAGCAAUUUAACGGGAGAAGAACUCCAGAAUAAAAUUAAAGCUAUCGAAUAUUCCAAAGAAAAUAAAACAGCACAACUUGCUACAACUUCAGCAUUAAUUUCAGGAAGGUUCCCAGAUAUUGAUAAGUUCAAGGGAAGUAAGAAGUAUCCUGCCGCCAGUCCACUGAUUGAUAUAAAAUUUGAUGAUCAUUUAGGAAGACACGCAGUCGCUAAACAGGAUAUUUCAGUGGGAACACUUAUCGUUAAAGAAGAUCCCCACGUGGCUUUGCUAGACAGGGAUCGCAACUUGACUCACUGCCAAGUUUGUUUUGAAUAUGUUGAUGAAUUCAUCAUCCCCUGUUCAACAUGCACAAACGUUGUCUUCUGUAGCAAUGAUUGUAAGAAACGAGGAGAUACAUCAUUCCAUAAAACUGAAUGUUCAAUUUAUGCAACUCUCAUCAGCAAUAUAGAUAAGUUAAUGUCCUUGAGAAUUCUCACUCAGAGAGGAUUCCAAUUUUUUGCUGAGCAAAAAGAUAAACUGUUGAGCAACUUAGAAUCGUGUUACCGAGGUUUAACUAAAAAAGAAGUUUAUCUUUCUGAUGAUUAUGAUAAUAUGAUAUUCUUGUAUCGAAAUCUGGAUCAGACGAAAUGUGAUCAGAUAUAUUAUAAUGAAACAGUAUACCUGCUCCGUAUCUUGAAAAAAACGGACUUUUUUCCUUUUGAAACAAAUGACAAAGUUCUGCGUGAUGAAGAACUUUUCAUUGGACGACUCAUUCUCAGACAUUGCCAGCUGAUGGCUUGUAACGUACAUGGUAUAAAUCAACUGAAAACUUCUGAUUACAACCUUACCCGCAAAGGAGCUGAGGAGAGGACACAGCUAAUCGAAUCUAUUGGAAUUGGAUUAUUUCCUACUCUCGCACUUUUCAAUCAUGCAUGUGAACCAAGUAUCAUCCGGGUUACAGAUCACUGA